AAACUAAUAUCUGUAACAUGGGACGAUGGUAAAACUACAAAUUAUCCCCAUAUCUUUCUUCGCGAUAAUUGUCGUUGUUCGUCUUGCUUCGAUCCUCAAACUCAACAACGUUCUAUCUCGAAUGCUGUAUAUCACAACUAUGCUAAUGCAACAAUAAAGACAGCCCGAGUAGACGAUAAAAACGAUAAAUUAUACUUAGAAUGGAUAAACGAUGGCGAACAUACAACUAGUAAUUUUGAAUUAGAUUGGUUAAAAGCUCAUCGAUCUAUCACUUAUGAUGAUAUUGAAGUUAAUCCAGUUACCAAACAGCUAUGGGGUAGCGAAAUGAAAAACAAUUUACCACAAUUCGAUUAUAAUAAAAUAUUAAAUGACGAUUCAGAAUUACAUCGAUGGGUGCGUUGUAUGUUAAAAGUAGGCAUUUCAUUGCUCGUCGGUUUGCCAGAAGACAUCGGUCAAGUCAAAAAGUUCGUCAAUAGGGUAGCAUAUCUUCGCAGGACAUGCUAUGGACCUACUUUCCAUAGCCAAAGUAAAGGUGAUCAUGUAACAACUGUUGCCUACAAGAGCGGCGGUCUGGCAUUGCAUACUGAUUUCCCCUAUUACAACAACAUUCCUGGGAUAUUCAUGCUGCAUUGUGUAACAGCAGCUAAGCAAGGAGGCGACAGCCAAUUUACGGACGGAUUUAAAGCUGCUGAGCAAUUGAGGGCCAGUCAUCCUCAAUAUUUUAAAAUAUUAGCGGAAACUCCUGUUGAGCACGAAGAUACUGGCACUGACUCUUAUGAAUUCAGUCUUACGGCUGAACAUCCAAUUAUUCGAUUAAAUGAAAAUGGAGAUCUUAAACAAAUUUACUAUGGCGAUCAUACACGAACUUCAAGAAUAGAUGUGCCUCAUUAUAAAUUGACAGACUUUUAUAAUGCUAUGACGCAAUUUUUAAGAUAUGCUUACAGUCCGGCUAAUAUUAUACAAUUUAAGCUGCAACCUGGAACCUUGAUUUCUGUCGAUAAUUUUCGUGUUUUGCAUGGUAGAACGGCUUUUGACGUGUCUCCAGAUAAUUUUAGACAUGUUGAAGGUGGACACGUUGAUUGGGAUGGAGCAACAUCUUGUAUGAGAGUACUAGAGAAAGAACUUAACAUAGAUUAUAGAACUCCUAACAUUUAG